GUCACAACGCGUGACAUCAACGCGAUCCAUGCUAAUGGCGGUAAAGUGAUCUGCUACUUCUCGGCCGGCUCCUACGACCACAACCGGCCGGACGCUGGUCAGUUCCACGCCAGCGACCUCGGGAACAAGAUGGACGGAUGGGACGAGAAGUGGAUCGACAUACGAUCGAGUAACGUGCGUCGCAUCAUGUCGGCGCGGAUGGACCUGGCGAAGAGCAAGGCCUGUGACGGCAUCGAACCUGACAACGUGGACGGUCACGAGCACGGGAACGCGAACUUUGGCUUCACGAGCAGCGAUCAGCUCAACUACAACAAGUGGCUCGCUUCAGAGGCCCACAAGCGCAAUCUCUCCAUCGGCUUGAAGAACGACGCUGAGCAGAUCCCACAGCUGCAUACGUUCUUUGAUUGGGCCCUCAAUGAGGAGUGUCACACAGUGGACGGGGGCCGCGAGUGCGACCUUUACAAGCCAUUCCUCGCAGAGGGCAAGGCCGUGUUCAACAUAGAGUACGUGAAUGGCCACCAUGUGAGUGCCUCAGACCUGCAGAAGUGUACGUCCCACCACCCCAGCGGUAUGAGCACGCAGUUCAAGGUCUAUGAUGUGGAUGCCUGGGCACACCACUGCCCUGGACAGUGACCCAACAUUAAAUAUUGACAAUAAAAUUACUCAU